AUGCUAUGCGAAAAUUGCAGUUUCUACGGAUGUUCCAAUAGCAGAAAGAAUCCAAAGGUGUCAUUUUUAAAAAUUCCAACAGUAAAAAACACUGACAGUGACUACACAAAAGACAAAAAAAUCCGCUCACGAUUGGCAUGGAUCAAAUGUUUGACCAGAACACGAGUUUUGGAUGCUGAUCUUCAACGCCAAAUUGACGAAAAUACUAUACACAUUUGCGAAAUCCACUUCAAGGAAGAUAUAAUUAGACGUAAGUGGCUUUUUUGUUAAACGAAAUGAAUUUUGUUAUGUAAUUCUAUAUUUACUCAAUUACUUAGUAACAUAUUGCCAUAAUGUCACUCGAGUGAUUACAUAAACAAUGGCUUAUAAAAGUAUCAAAUUACAAUUGCGCACGUCAAGUUUAUACGUAUUUAAAAACUCAAUAUUAAUAAUUCAUGAAGAAAACACUCGUGUGGCGAUGUUUUAUCGGGUUCGGAUAUACAAACUCUCUGAGAGCCUUCGGUUUGAGUUUGUGUUUCCGAUAUAACACUAUCGCUGAUGUUGUAAAUAGUGCCUAAAGAGGGUUGUUAAAAGGAUAUUUCUUUAAUUUUAUAGAUCCAAUGUGUUCAACUCUUGUCACUGGUUCUAUUCCAAGUGAGAAUUUGCCUUCCAGACUACAUGAUGCGCCUGAUCCAGUAUCAAGGCGACCGAUCGUACGUGUUGUCGAAAUGGCCGAUUCAGUUGAGUCGAAACGUGCAACAAAUUCCAGCCUGAAAAGUGUAGUUAGCAAUUUGAAACGAAUGGUUUUGGGUCAAUGGAAAUACGAAGAGCAAAUUCUUUCGUUAAACUACAUUUGUUUGACAAUGAGCAUGUUUUGCCAAAGUUUCAAGUCAUCAUCUAUUCGUCAUUAAAGUUUCGUGUCAGUAUAUUUGGUUGGGAUCUUAUUAAAAGCCAUCCAUUUUACACUGAGAAUGAACAAUCAGUUAAGUUUUUCAGUUUACGUGAUUUAAUUAACAAAUUGGAGAGCUAUACACAUUCUGUGCUGGUGUUCCUAAACCAAACUGUGCGGCAAAAACCGUCGAAGACCCAUCUGGACCUCAAACCUCGGGAAAGAAUAUAAUUGUGCGUCACACAAUUCCUGUUAUUAAGGAUGCUGAUACUGAUACCACUGCUGGAGAUGUUCAACCCUUGCCCUUUAAAGUUUGUACAUUUUUCCGAACAGAAAAAUGUGAGAUGCUCUGCCAAGCCAGCUCGGAAACUUGUAAUUCAUGCUCAGCUGCUAAUGAUAGGUGUUUAAAGGAACUGGAAAAAAAGAAUUCCAUUCAUGCCACACCUCUGCCCAAAAAAGCACCCCUCUCACUAUCUUCUGUUCCAUGUUUAGUAGCUACUAUUUCCCAACAAAGGCUUGAGUGCAAGCAACUGGAGGAAAGAAUAAAACAUAUGGAAAAAUAA